AUGGCCGUGCCGGCGCCCGCGAAGGUGGCGCGCUUGCUCGCGGCCUCUGCGGCGGUGCUCGUGCUGCUGUGGUGUGUCUAUUUUCGCGGUGGGCUCUCGCUCGGCUCCCCCACUAACAAGGGCCUCAUCUUCAACGUGCAUCCUGUGCUUAUGCUAAUAGGAUUCAUCAUCCUAGGGAGCGAAGCCAUAAUGGGCUACAAAAUAUGGCCAUGGAGUCAUGAUGCAAACAAGAUGGUUCACAUGCUUCUUCAUGCUGUUGCACUCUUCCUGGGUUCUGUUGGGAUAUAUGCUGCCUUCAAGUUCCACAAUGAAAGCGGAAUUGAUAAUCUCUACAGCUUGCAUUCGUGGGUUGGACUUGGAACUAUCUGCCUGUACGGUAUACAGUGGCUACUUGGUGUUACAACCUUCUUCUUCCCUGGUGCUUCGCCAACAGUCCGGCGCAGAAUGCUCCCAUGGCACAUUCGCGCUGGGCUUGUUGUCUACAUACUGGCACUGCUUACUGCAGAGCUGGGUUUCCUGGAGAAGCUCACCUUCCUUCAGGCUGCCGGCCUUGGCAGGUACAGCUCGGAAGCUCUGCUGGUGAACUUCACAGCUCUUCUGAUCCUACUGCUCGGCGCUUCUGUUGUUCUGUAUGUCACCGCUCCACCGCACAACGAGCACACGCAAGGGUAUUCAGCAGUGCACAAGCCCUGA